AAUGAACUAUAACCAAAAACUGGAAUGCGAACACAUAAGGACGAACGUGAGGCCUAGUGCGGCUGCUGCGGAGGGGAUACCUGUUUUUGUCGCACUCAUUAUGUUAAAUGGCGAAAAUUGCUUCCAACACGUAUUCCAAUUGAUGAAACCUGUGAAGGGAAAUAUGACAAAACUUUCGAAAACGUCAUAUGUCAGCGAGCAACAGAAAAAAACAACAUUCCCCCUUGUGGCAUCUGUCUUUCAUGGCUUCAUUUUUUUGGCAGAUAUGGUAAUGUGUGCACAUUCCAGUUUUUAGCUAUAGUUCAUUGUUUUCAACCAUUGCCGACGUCAUAACUAAGUCGUCAGCUGUUUGAACAGCCUACGUCAAGGCAAGAAACGCCAUGCUGUUUACGUCACAACUAGUUGUUUGGGUGUAGGGGGGAAAGGGGAGAUUUGUUACACACAGGCCUUAUGAGGAUAGGCCAUCCUGUAGUAGUAGUGUGUAUCAUCCUUGCCGAUUCUCAACCUCUAGUCGCAACCUAUCGACACCGACUUCCGAUUGCCUUUCUACAGGGAGUCGGUACGUUACGUAUCGACUUGACGAUUGAGAAUCGGUACAAGUUCUCCGAGCAUUAAUUUACCGUUCGUUUAUUUAAAAAGUGUACUCAGUGCAGGCUCAUUCAUUCACGUUCGUUUAUUAAAAUUAGGAGCCCUCUGAUACAGCGUUUAACUGCUCGCUGGUCAUGUGAUCACGUACGGUUCCUCUGCUCUUUGAGCAAAAUACCGAACGCAAGGUUGGAAUGCCUAAUUCCACUCUGAAAAGUAUGACAAUGACAAUGCUAUGACAAAUGACAUGACUAUCAUGACAUUUAGCCAGGUACAUAAAUAAAUAAAUACUUCAUAAUAUUUAUUUUUUAAUUUUUUUAUUUAUAAAAAAAAAUCAAUAGAAUUUAUUAGGAAAAGAAAGUGAAGUUUGAGGAUAAAUUUUAUAAUAAUUUUUGUGAAUCCCAGUGUAUUAUUAUUAUUAAACAACAAUCACCAGUACAAUUCACAAGUACAGUUUUGUUAUUCUGACAGGGUAAAUCCAUUUAUUGUCAUUUAUUAUUAUGGAAAAUGAUGAUUUUUUGGAACAAUUCCGUAAAAAAGACUUCACCAAAGCUAAAAAGUUCGAUUUCAAGAAAGCAAAAGCCACUAAGUCGCCUGAAAAGUAUAUUCCUGUUUCAAACACUAUCGAAUCAGGGAAACCAUUGCCAAUACAAAAGCUAACGAUAAAACCGAAGAAUGUUAUUGAAAUAGAAUCACCAUCAACUUCUAGUAUUUUAAACGAAUCUUUACCAAAGUUGAAUAAAAAAAAUGUAUUUGGUCAAGCAAAUAAAGAAAAAUUGGAUAAUAGUUGUAAGGAAGACAAUAAUUUUGAUAAACUGUAUAAAAAUGCAUCAACAGCAAAAGAUAGGGUAAAUGGUAUAUGUAAAGAAGAAAAUAUUUUAGACAAUCUUUAUAAAAACAUGUUACCAUUACCAAGUAAACAUGCUACAUCCAUUUCACCAAGAAAACACACAUUAACAAAUUCCCAAAAAAAAGAAAAUAUACUAGAUAGCCUUUAUAAAAAUGCAACACCACAAAAAACCUUUUCUAGAGCUGACAGUAUUGAUGGUAGCCCCAGUUUGAUUUCUGCUAAACAAAAACUUACUGCCAAAAGUACUCCUAGUAUAAGUAAAUAUUUCAAUUCAAAUAAGGAUAUUGCUAAUACUGAAAAUCCUUCAAAAUUCAAUGGAUUGAGUCCGUUCAAAAAGCUCUUGCAAUCGAAAGAAGUAAAAUCAAGUUCAAGUUAUGAAUCUCCUAUAGUAAAACCUAAAAAGUUUGUUUUUAAAAAGAAUCCGAUAACUAGUUCAAGUAGUAGUGAAAAUAAACCCGAUAACAAUUUUGGCAAUGAAUGUGAUAAUAAAGUAACUACAACUACAAUGGAUAUUGGAGAUGUCAAAGACGAUUCUUUUUUCAAAAACAUUGAUAAUGCUCAAGAAAAUAAACCUAUAAUCGAGCCUACUAUCCAAGAUCAAAUUAUUUCAAAUAGUCAAUCUGUAUCAAGUACAACAUUAGGAAUUACCGAUGGUGAUUUUAUGGACGAUGAAGAAUUUACAAGGAGAUUUGGCGGUAUAGUCGAUCUGUGUGAUGAUACCUUGCCAAGUCAUGAAUCUAAUACUCAUAUUUCACCUAGUAUUGAAAAUGUGCCAUCUACAAGUUCAGAUGAGGCUAACAGAAAAAAAACAACAAAAAGUCCUGAAGAUCAUCACAAUACUGAGGAAUUGUUACACGAAAUAUCAAAUAUAAACUGGAACGAAGAUGUUUUCAAAGAAGAACCAGUUUUUACAGGUUUCAAAGACCGAAAUGAUGAUUCUGAAGAGUUUAGAGGCCAAUAUGAUCAUACUGAGGUCAUGCUGGAAGUUUUACAUCAAAAGUUUGGUUUGGUUGAUUUCAGACCUCACCAAAGAGAAAUCAUAAAUGCCAGUGUAACACAACACGAUUGUUUUGUAUUGAUGCCGACAGGUGGUGGCAAAAGUUUAUGCUAUCAAUUACCAGCAAUUUUAAUGCCUGGCGUUACAAUUGUAAUUUCACCGUUGAGAGCCCUUAUCAGCGAUCAAGUAGAUAAACUCAAUAAUCUCGACAUAGCCGCUGCUCAUUUAUGUUCCGACGUAACAAAAACGGAAAGCGAGCAGAUUUACAAGAAGCUGAGCAUGCGAGAGCCGGCUAUAAAGUUGCUUUAUCUAACUCCCGAAAAAAUUAAUGCUUCCAGAAUGAUUAUAGAUAUACUAGAAAACUUGUAUCAGCGUGGCAAACUGGCACGUUUUGUCAUAGAUGAAGUACACUGUUUGUCACAAUGGGGCCACGAUUUUCGGCCUGAUUACAAAGAAUUGGGCAAGUUAAGGCAAAAUUACAAAGACGUGCCGAUUAUUUGUCUUACUGCCACAGCAACAAAACAAGUUGAAAACGAUGUAAUCAAUAUUUUACAUUUGAAAAAUGUAAAAAAAUUUAUAACUAGCUUCAAUAGGCCAAACAUUAAGUACGAAGUGAUUGAUAAAAAAGGAAAAGUAGAGGAUAUAGCAAAUUUAAUACAAACAAAAUUUGCGAAAAAAUCUGGAAUUGUUUAUUGUCUUGGUAGAAAAGACUGUGAUAAUUUAGCUGGUAGUUUGAUUAAGCUAGGAGUUAAAGCAAAGCCAUAUCAUGCUGGAAUGAAGGAUAAGGUUCGUGAAGCCAUUCAAAGAGAAUGGAUGCAAGAUAGAUUUCAUGUAAUUGUAGCCACAAUAGCCUUUGGUAUGGGUAUCGACAAACCAGACGUACGUUUUGUUAUUCACAAUUCUAUACCAAAAUCAGUGGAAGCUUUCUAUCAGGAAAGCGGCAGAGCAGGCCGAGAUGGCGAAAUUUCCUAUUCUUAUUUGUUUUAUCAUUAUGGAGAUGUUGGACGACUUCUAAAAUUGAUUCAAAUGGAUUGUAACAAUAGAAAAACGCUGGAGGCGCACAAAGAAAAUUUAAAGCAAAUGGCCAGUUUUUCGGAAAAUAUGGUGGAUUGUCGCAGAUAUUUGUUGCUCAUUCAUUUAGGCGAACAUUUCGACAGACGUAUAUGUAUCAGUAAUAAAGGCACGACUUGUGAUAAUUGCGAAAAUGUUAACAAAUAUGAGACUUUAGAUGUGACAAAAGAAGCCAAAGAAUUGUGCGAUAUUGUUAAGGAUCUAUCAAUCAAGGAAAAUGUUACUAUGUUGCAUGUAGCUGACAUUUAUAGGGGAGCAAAAAUAAAGAAAAUCUUGGAUCGUCGUCAUAAUCAGCAUCGUUUCUAUGGCGCUGGCGCCACAAUGGACCGAAACGACGUACAACGCGUCCUCAAAGAAUUAAUCUUGAAACACAUUUUAGAUGAUAUUUGCAAAUAUACUGGUGAUUUCCCUGUAGUUUACAUAAAGACUGGCCCAAAGUUUUCCCAAUUCAAAAAUUCGAAUUAUCGUCUUACUAUAUCUGUUCAUAAAACAAGACCUAGUAGAAACAUUAAGGGACCUACUGAAGACCAUUCUCCUAAAAAUUUAGCUAAUAAUGGCUGGACCUCCGAUAAUAGUACUGCAUCUACUUCCAAAGAAAUAGUGCGACACACUAUACAGAAAUCAAAUACAGCUAAACUUCAGGCUGUAAGAAAACUACAGCUGUCCCAACUAAAAGUUUCUUGUCAAGAAGAACUUUUAGAAGAAUGUAGACGUUUGGCCAUGGAACGCAACUUGACCCUUUCUUCAGUGAUGAACUUAACAGCCAUAAAAACAAUGAGCGAUAAUUUGCCGCAAACCAAAGAAGAAAUGUUAAAAAUCCAACAUGUAACUGUGGCAAAUUACAACAAAUAUGGAGAAUUUUUCUUAAAAAUUACCCAAAAAUUUCGAUUGCAACAUGACGCGAUUCAACCGCUUACUAAACUAAAAAAUUCCACUGAAUUAGAAACGGCGACAAGUCAAGGCUUCUCUGAAGCAGAGGAUGAUGAUUUUUAUGAAACAGGCAAUUCACUGAAAGGAGUGAAACGUAAAAGUGGGGGUGGUGGAUGGAGAGGUAAAAAGGGCGGAUUCAAAAGGAGAAGAGUGGCGACCAAAAAAAAGAAAUCGCCUGCUAAAGGCAAAGCUGGUAGUAGUGGCUGGAAGAGUAAAAAUGCAAACAGUUGGAAGAGUGGCGGUGGCGGAGGAAGCUUAGGUACGAUGCCGGUGCGGCAUAUAAAGUAAUACUUGUGUUUUAUAUGAUGGCUCAAACUUUUUUUUCAUUUUGUUAAGUUGUUGUCUCUUGAAGCCUUAAAAGCUGUAUUUAUUAUUUGUAUUAUAUGUUUGUGGAGAUUAAUUUUUCGAAUUGGAAAAAACUGGUCUCUGUUCCUAUGAAAGAGACCUGAGAUGCCUUUACAUAGUUAUAACCAUUGUAUUUCUUUUUUUUUUAAAUAAAGUUAUUAUGAUUUUUUUUAUUUUUUCAUUUAUUACCAACUCCAUAAUUAGUAAGCAUA